AUGAAAUUGAAUGCAGAUUUUGAAUCACGAAUUCGUCGAUGGAAACAAGUUCGAUUCGGACCAUCUAGUACUCACGUGUUCGCGUCACGUCGUUCAUCGAGUAUCGAGCCUCGACUCACAACCGCUGCAUCCGCAAUUCCCUCAUCACUACGUUCUGAUCUACAGCUUCAUCCCAGAACAAGUCCCCUUCCACGUCGUGUUAUGGCAAACGGAAUGCCUCGUCGUCCUUUACCCGACUUACCUACACCAAUUUCAAGUGUCAACAGCAAAUCAUCAAAUAGCAAAGAUGAUGCGUUAGACAAGCGGGUUGCUGAAAUAAGGAGUCAGUCAGGACGAAUUGUUAUAAUGAAUGUAGUCUAUGAAGCAAGCAAGGAUAAUUUGCGAAGGAUUGGCGAAUUAGGUUCUGGAACGUGUGGGGUUGUUUAUAAGGCUAGAUUCGAUCUGACUGGUACCGUUAUGGCCGUCAAGCAAAUGGCCAUAACAUCGGUGGCAGAAGAGAGGCGUCGAGUGGUUAUGGACUUGGAUGUUGUCUUGAAGUCACACGAUUGUCCACAUAUUGUACGCUGCUAUGGAUGUUUCAUCAGUGAUUAUGAAGUGCACAUAUGUAUGGAACUGAUGGCAACUUGUUUGGAUAAACUAUCGAAACGUAUCAAAAACGGUUUUCCUGAAGAUAUUCUGGGUAAGAUGGCUGUAUCUAUUAUAAAAGCGCUCGACUAUCUGAAAGUUCAUCAGAAUGUGAUUCAUCGCGAUGUGAAACCGUCGAAUAUUUUAAUCGAUUUAAAUGGUACUGUAAAACUGUGUGAUUUUGGUAUUGCGGGUCGUUUAGUAGAUUCUCUUGUGCGUACGCAUACAGCUGGAUGUUCUGCAUACAUGUCGCCAGAACGUCUUGAUCCAACGCAUGAUUAUGACAUAAGGGCCGAUAUAUGGAGUCUUGGUAUAUCUUUAGUUGAGCUAGCAAGAUGUCAAAAUCCGUAUAAUGGUUGUAGCACUGAAUUUGAAAUGCUCACUCGAAUUGUCUCUGAUCCAGCGCCGCGAUUGGAUCCGAGUGAAGGAUUUUCAACUGAAUUCUGCGAUUUCGUUGCGUUAUGCCUCACGAAAGAUGUUGAAUUACGACCUAAAUAUAAACAAUUAAUGCAACAUGAAUGGCUCGUACGUUAUGAGAAUGCAGAUGUUGAUGUGGCUGGAUGGUAUAAAGCGGUUAUUCAAUCUGCACCUAAUUCGUAG